AUGGAUAAUUUGAUUGAUAGUUCUAUUAAUUAUGCACAUCAAUUAAACAUUAAUCCUGAAUCUGAUUUCAACAAAAUACACAGGAGAAGACUAUUGCCAAAAAGAUUUGAUUCUAAUCCAAGUUCACAGGCAAUAUUUGAUUUAAAAACUUUCUACAGAUCUGAAUUUAAAAAAGUUUUAGAUACUCUGACAACAUUAACUUCCGAACACUUAAAAAAAUGCAUUGCUACUGUUGAACUAUUAUUUAAUCUUUUAAAAGUGCCUUUGAGUAAUAAACAUUCAGCAGAAGACUUUGAAAAGAUAAUAAAUUUAUUCCCUCCAGGAUGUUCUGUAUCCAAUAUUAAGGAUUUUGAUGCAGUUUAUUCUGAAUAUCUUGUGCUGGCUCACCGUUGCAAGGACGCUAAAAACGUUUUGGAUAUCUUAAAUGUAUCAGAAAUGUAUAAAAAUAUUUUGCCUAAUAUGAACAAGAUAUUAAGAUUAAUGUUUACAGCCCCUGUAAGUACAGCCUCCAAUGAACGAGCGUUCAGUAAACUAAAACUAAUAAAAAACUUUUUACGAUCUACCAUGAAUGCUGACCGUCUUCAAAAUUGA